CAGUCCACCAAUGGCAGCGGCGCUGGGUGGGGAGGUGCCCAUAUCCAAGAUGGCGGUCCCAGCACCUAGGAGCGGGUGACCGGCAGCGGGGGAAGUGGCCUGGGUUGGCCCUCCGAUUGUGGGGUCCUGGGGGCAUCUCGCCGAGUACCCCCUGGCCCGCCUACAAGGCCUUCCCCGGGCCAGAGCAAUGGCUGCCGAGAACAGCAAGCAGUUUUGGAAGAGGAGCGCCAAGCUGCCGGGGAGCAUCCAGCCUGUGUACGGAGCACAGCACCCGCCUCUGGACCCUCGGCUCACCAAAAACUUCAUUAAAGAACGGUCAAAAGUCAGCGCAGUUCCCCUGAAGAAUAAGAAGGCCUCCAGUUUCCAUGAGUUUGCCCGGAACACCAGUGACGCUUGGGACGUUGGCGAUGAUGAGGAAGAGGACUUUUCCUCCCCUCCUUUCCAAACUCUGAACUCAAAAGUUGCUUUGGCCACCGCAGCCCAAGUCCUGGAAAACCACAGCAAGCUGCGGGGGAAACCCGAACGGGCCCAGUCAGCAGCCUUCGACACCCCUGCCAGCUACCAGGUCAUCAAGUCCAGCAGUGACGCCCAGCUGUCCAGAAAUGCCAGUGAUACCUGCCUGAGGAAUGCACUCCAUAAACAGCAGUCACUCCCUCUCCGACCUGUCAUCCCCCUGGUGGCCCGGAUCUCAGACCAGAACGCCUCUGGGGCACCGCCGAUGACUGUCCGGGAGAAAACCCGCCUAGAAAAAUUCCGUCAGCUUCUCUCCAGCCACAGCACCGACUUAGAUGAACUGAGGAAGUGCAGCUGGCCCGGGGUUCCCAGAGAGGUCCGGCCUGUGACCUGGAGGCUCCUGUCGGGCUAUCUCCCCGCCAACGCCGAGAGGAGGACGCCGACGCUGCAGCGGAAGCGGGAGGAGUAUUUCGGCUUCAUCGAGCAGUAUUACGACUCUCGGAACGAGGAGCAUCACCAGGACACGUACCGGCAGAUUCACAUUGACAUUCCAAGGACGAAUCCUCUCAUUCCAUUGUUCCAGCAACCGCUUGUACAGGAGAUCUUCGAAAGAAUUCUAUUUAUUUGGGCCAUCCGACACCCUGCCAGUGGAGAAGACCUCUGGACUUUCUUCACCUUUUGUUUUACAGAAGAGGAUGUAGAGAACUUUGAUGUGACCAAUUUGUCUCAGGACGUGCUGCGAAGCAUUGAAGCCGACAGCUUUUGGUGCAUGAGCAAGCUGCUGGAUGGGAUCCAGGAUAACUACACCUUUGCACAACCUGGGAUCCAGAAGAAGGUCAAGGCACUGGAAGAGCUUGUCAGUCGGAUUGAUGAGCAGGUACACAGUCACUUCCGGAGGUACGAGGUCGAAUACCUACAGUUUGCCUUUCGAUGGAUGAACAACCUGCUGAUGCGGGAGCUUCCCCUCCGCUGCACCAUCCGCCUGUGGGACACGUACCAGUCUGAACCAGAAGGCUUCUCCCACUUUCAUCUCUACGUGUGUGCGGCUUUCUUGAUCAAGUGGAGGAAAGAGAUCUUGGAUGAGGAGGAUUUCCAGGGUCUCCUCAUGCUGCUACAAAACCUACCUACGAUACACUGGGGCAACGAAGAGAUCGGGCUGCUGCUGGCUGAGGCGUACCGACUCAAGUACAUGUUUGCUGACGCCCCUAACCACUACCGCCGAUAGGUGCUGUCUCCCUGUGAGGACCCAGACUGUCCCAUCUCUGAUGGCAAUCUGAUCACUGUGGCCAUUGUGGAGCCGCGGACCCCGGCCGGGAACCAGUCCUGCUGUAGAAAGCUCACGUCCGCCGCCCAAGUCUUAACUCUCUGGCGUGCCUGUCCACCACUCCAUGUCUCUGGAUGGUUCUCCCGGACCACUGUCAGUGUUCCAUGCCAUGUGGACGGGCCCAGCUCUGGGAGAGGACACAAAAGGAGGUACAGGGUCGUCUGCCCCUUGAAAAGAAACUGGACAAAUGAAGGGUAGGCUCAGGGUCUUAACUCCCAUUGUCUCUCCGUGGACUGGCUGUCUCUUGCCUCCUAUCCCCCACUGAUACUGUUGUUUUUUGUGACAUAGUUUGAUUCAGUCACAGGUCAAAAACGCCUUAUGUUUUCAAGAGACUCUGGCCCGCCCCCCACCCCCACCCCAUCCCAGCUCUUUCCUUUCUGCCCUAGUCUGAGCCAGUGAGGUGCAGUUUUUAGACCAUGUUUCUCAGAUGGAGGAGGCACCAGUGCUUUUAACUCUGGGAAGAGACCUGCACCCGAGGGCUAGGGGUUUUGUUUUUCCUUUUCUCACCAGUACGUGAGCGUGCAUUUGUGUGUGUGGAUGAGUGUACACACCCAUCAGCAUUUACUUACAUGUCUGAAUUUCUGUGUCCCCCUCACAACCAGCUGGGAAGGGCCCCCGUGACCAGGUGUACAAGCAUCCCUUGCGAAAGGAUCAGGACAGGGGAGGGAGAAGGGGCUUUUUACCUCUCCAAACCCUUUUUCCAUGAUGACCCACUCCAAGAUAUGUGUAAAUGGUGUUAUUAUGUAUAUGGGUAAAGAUGUACAAAUAUAUGUCCUCUUUGUAGCAGAUAUGAUUUUAUAUUUAUAAUGUGCAUCAACAUGUGAAAGCAAUCUAGGUCACUAGCACAGAUGAAGUCGCCAGGGAAGUGGCUUCGGUGCCUCCAGGUUGGUUUCUGGGCGCCCCCCGGUGAGGGAGGUGAAUGGGAGUCUGCUAGAGUGAGCGUAGCUGAGCAGAUGGAGCUGCUUCGAAAAGCAGUGGCAGCCAUCCCAGACGUCAGUGUCCCAGACUGUUUUCCUCCUCCCCCCUCCCCACCCCUGCCUAGGCAUUUGUGGAGCACCUGCCCUGCUCCUUCCCCAUCUCCAGCAGACAGAGCUCCCCACCCUUCACCCCUGGAGAGGACCACAGAGACGAAGCUCUUCCACGUUCAUCGCCCCUGCCUUUCCCCUGGAAUCUGGGGAGGGCCUUUGUUUUCACAUUUUUAAGUCAGCAUUAUACUUAAGACAGAAACUGACUGUCAGUGCCAAGGAAAGGGGUUUCCUGUGUGUCCCUGGGGUUUGGGGCUCUUCUCAGAGAGAGGCAUUCUGUGUCCCCCACUGUCACCAUCACACCCCACUCAGCUCAUGAGAUGUGUGACCCAUGUUCGAUUUUGGGUGUUUGGUAGUAGAGAAGUGGGGGAUGGUGGCAAGCAGUUGUCAUCUUGGGAAGCCAAGCAGUGUCCCAGUGGUGAUACCCUUGAGUCCCUGCCAAUGGAGCCCCAGCACGCAGGCAUGUUCAUUUCUCAUCUGGAGCUGUUUCUCAGGCAUCUUCCUAACCCUGCUCCCCCUCUUCGGUGUGCCUCAGUGGUCUCCACAGAGAGGGCUCGUGACCUGCCCUCAGCCCGACAGAAGAAAGACACUUGUGUUCCCAAGUGGUGGUUUUAUUUUUUUAGUUUUUAUGUUUGUAUGGGACAUUGUGGAUAAAGUGAAAGAAUUGUAAAAUAAAUAGUUUAUUUCCUCCUCCACUGCUGAUUUUUCUCGCAUGGCUUUGUGUCACCUGGAACCAAAGGAGUCUAUUUUCUCAGGUUUUCCUCAUUGAUACUCGUCAGGAUGGGGGACAGGCCCUCUGUAGGGCAAGCAAG